AUGUGUCUUUACCAGCUGAAUGAUGAUCGUGCGCAACCCGCCAAUCUUCCUCUUGAGGUCGAGGAUCAGCCAAGUCUACCCGCUGUCACUCCGCCAACCUACGCAGACGGGAUUCCCACACUGUCAACGGUCACCCAAUCCGCAAUCAGACAGCUUGGCUACGCCAAUGACAGCAACGGAACCAUGGGUAUCAUUUGUUGCAUCGCAGGUCCCCCCAACCUCCAAUCCGACUCUGGGCUUCGCCAUAGCCUCUCAGCAGACCAGUACAGAAGGAUCGUCCGAGAACUCCCAUCGUGGAGGCACAUCGAAUUGCUAGUGCACGCAUUUUUUACGAACGUAUCGUGGCAUUACGAUAUAGUGGACGAGGCUAUUUUUCUGAACCAACUUCGCCAGUGGAAAAGUCUUCCAUAUAAUCAGUUGAAGGAAAUCCCCAAUGGUUUGACAGUCGACCUAUGGUCAUUUCCGGCAUUGCUAUUCCAAAUUUUGGCACAGUCUUUGCUAUUCCAACCACUGGACCAUGACGACAGUCUAAAUGACUUGAAGUAUGCACCCGACAUGAAACUAUCCGAUCGAGCAGCAGAAUUUAGUGAUGCAGGCCUGCGUCUCGCUUCUUUAGUUGAGAAAAGCAAGCUCACACUCACAACGAUUCAGGCUGGACUGUUGCGCGCUUCUUUCGAAAAGAAUACCGGGAAGGUGGUAGAGGCGUGGCAUUCUAUCGGAACUGCGAUUCGCAACGGUCAAGAACUCGGUCUUCACCUGGAGACGUCAGCCAACACGCUGAGUCCCAGGCAUCAAAAUCUACCAGACCACAGUUUGGGAUGUAGGGUCUGGCUAAUGCUCCAUCUUUGGGAUGCCCACAUGGCUGUGGUUCUGGGACGACCGAUGGUGACCAAACUGGAUCCUAGCCACAUCCCCCUCCCCGGUUCGUGGAAUGACAGCCCGAUCGAGCAGGAGCUGCCGCGGCCCCGCGACGUCAUCCUUUGUGGUUUUCAUACAGCCUACAAAUACCUGCAGGAUAUACACGGGCUCGAGAAGAAGGCUAAUGGCUUUCUCUUGGUUGAACAGCUUCACGAAAGCAUCCUCGCUAAUAUUGCUAAUCUUCCUGCGUGGGCUACACCCUGGGGAUCACGUUCGAACCAAUCUGCCUGGCUUUCCACAGCGUUGGAAAUCAUGUUCACCAAUGUACACUUCGUGUUGUUUGCCCUACAUCGACCGUUCGUGUCUUUAUCCUCAAGCAGUCGCAGUAAGGCAUAUUACUUCGCAACGCAGAUUUUGGAGUCCCAGGCCCGCCUCUUUGAUCGGACAGAGCCUUUGCAACACAGGAGUUUUGAACUAGUAUUUGCCACGUUUGAUGCUACGAUACUCAUUGCAGCCAUGCACAUUCGUUUUCCAGAUGAGUUUGUAGACCAAUACCCCGCAGCAAAGAGAAAUUUAGAGUGGGCUCUAGAUAGACUGAAACUGCUCAAACCCGCGAAUGACCUGGCCAGCUCAGCUUUCGAUGUUGUUCAGCAGCUGUAUCAAAGGAUGCUGGCUGGCAUCUCCACUGCUCGCUCUCUUUCAUCUGAAUGUCAAGGUACGGAAGCUGGAAUCUUUGCGGGGUCAGGAUCUGAAAUCUUUCUAUCCACUUGGGACGCCAUUUUACAGCCUUUCGAUACCACGAUACCAGGGCACGCAUUCAACGAGCCAAUUUGCGAUAGCAACUUCGGAUUCUCAUCAGUGGACCAAGCGGAACCCCUUGGAGAAAGGGACCAUUCACCGCUCGGGUUGCUCGACUAUCAGACAUGA